AUGUGCCUGAACACAGGGUGGACGCCUCUGCGGGAGCCCGGGAGCACCAUGGCCGCCCCCCACGAGCACCGGCCGCACGUGCUGGCAUCCGCGCUGCAGACCGAGGCCCAGGGCGGCCACGGGAAGGCCGGGAACGCGGGCACCUUCCCGGUCAGGCACACGCCGCACCCGCGAAGGGUCUGCCACAUCAAAGGUUUGAACAACAUCCCCAUCUGUGCUGUGAAUGACGACGUGCACAUGGCCUGGGGCCGCGAGCAGCUCGGUCACCUGGAGGAGGACGAGAACCCACCUGCCAAGCCCAGUGCACCCAGCCCCGCGGCCCCGCCAAGCCUGGGCAGGGGGCCGACCCCAGCCCCAGACGCCAGGAGGGUGCCCCCGCGGCCUCAUUCCGCUCCCUGUAGAAAAAUCCAGGAGUGCUUCAGAACUUGCGCUGAGAAUCCCUCGGUAAAGAAAAAGGAGGAAUUUAAGGUCCAGCGUAGCCCCCCGCCUCCCAAGGCGAGCUCCACCGCCGGGUCCUGUUCUUCAGAGGUGCUGAGCACCAGGGCAGCCGCCAGACAGAACACUUUCCGCAUACCCAACUACCUGGACCAGGAGAUCAAAAUCCUGGCAAAGCUCUGUGGCAUCUUACACACAGAUUCUCUGGCAGAUGUCAUCCAGUGGCUGCUUCAUGCAAGCUCAAAAGAGAAAGAGUGGGUCUCGGCUCUGAUUCACGCUGAGCUGUCGGAGAUAAACUUGCUGACUCACCGGAGAAACGCCUCGGCGGGCAGAGCGGCACAGAACUGGAUACCACCCGCAGCUAAGGCACCCCCAAGUGCACUGGCAAAGUUAAGAGCGCUGAGCAGAGGCAGGGACGGACAUCGAGUGAGCAGAGCAUCAACUUGUGAAUCUGAAGAGGAUAAAGAAGCGUCAAAAGAGGCUGGGCACAAAUCUCCAUUGUUUAUAAGAAGAAAUAAUGCAAAAAUACCGGUUGUAGAAUAUUUCAGCACACCAGUGUCUCUUGUCAGGGCUAAAACUCAAGAGAGCACAUCCGGAAAAUCAGCAGCAUCAAGGAAUACACAGCAAGGACAGAAUCUUUCUCCCCAAAGGGCAUUUUACCCUGUAACUUACCAAAGGUAG